AUGCGCGGGGGUAUUUUUCUCCUUUCAGCGGCGCUGGGCGCCUCUGCUGCUCUCACUAAGUCCAAACUCAAGACCCAUGUCGAUGUGCUGGCGCUCGAUCAUUCAUUUAACCCCGUGAAAGCGGCCUAUUGGACUGGCUAUCCUCACCAUCGCCGUACCCCUUUUGCUUUGUCUCCAGAUGGCAAGUCUGCGUAUAUCGCAUAUCUGGAUGCUAGCGAGACAGAUGUCCAUGUUCAGGAGCUGGACCCGACCACUUUCAAAGCCACAGGUACCUCGGUGACAGUGGAGGGUGGAAAGGAGGCUGGCGGCCUUGUGGCUCACAAUGAUGGGUUUGCUCUCUUGACCAACGAAGCGAUGCCAUCGGGCACUACCAACGCACCGCCCAGCGAUACCCCCGUCGCGGUCUUGUAUCGCUAUACUGAGGGCAAGCAAACAUGGAAGACUUGGCUUGGUGGACCAGGAGUGCACGCCUCCGAAGGACUUUCGGCUUCUCCUGAUAUUAACGGUGAUCUUGUUUAUUCCGAAAGCGCCGGCUUGUAUGGUGCUUAUAUUGUUAUUACCGAUUAUUCUGGAGACGCAUCGGGCCACUAUGGGGACAGUAUCGAGUAUGUGACAACUGACGGGAACCUCAAGACCAUUGAGGGUGCAUCAAGCUCCUGGGGUUGCAGUCACAACACUGGUAUUGCGUUUGAGGCUGCCAAUGAAGCCCCAUUCGCCAGCAUUUGUGCUGAAGAUCAAGGUGCCAUCUGGCUGAAUACCAAAACCCAAGGUAUGUCCAAUGAUGGUGUGAAGAUAUCGAACGAGAAUACUACGAACGGGGCUUCUGGAGAGCCCAUGGGUGGUAUGUCGGGUAGCUAUAGUGCAUUGGCACGCUUUGCUGAGACCAGCCGAUAUAUCUUUGCCUGGGUAUCUCGUGGAGCUAUGGAUGUGACGGAAAAUACAUGGAUGGGAAGUGGUUACACUCAUGUCAAUAACCGGACCAACGGUCGGAAUGUUGCCAUUUCCCUAUUCUCCAACAAGUACACCAAAGUGGGAUCCCAGGCCACGUCUAAAGUUGGCACUGAAGAUGGGGAUAGUCAGAUGAAUUGGAUCACGGAGGGAUUGAACGACUGUUCUAAUGCGCAUGCGGCGACUUUCGGUAACAGUUCGGCGCUUAUCUCUUGGGAAGAAAUUUCGAACCCAACCUGUGACUUUAUCGCCAUGGGAUGCCGUGGCCAAUUUGCUGGCUCGUUUUUCCAAGAAGUGAACUCCGCGGGUAAAAAGGUUGGGAGUGCAAUCAACAGCACCGAUGUUUAUGUUGCGGGUGAUAUGGUUACUAUGGGUGAUGGUCGUAUCUGCUGGCCUUACGUGAGUAUGGAUUGGGACCUUUCUCAAGCUGUCGGCUAUGGCUCGUCCUCAGAAAAUACCAAGAAGAUGAGCAUUGCCUGCAUGAACCUUGACGAUUAG